GGACACCACGUUUUCUCUCUCCAUAACCAAAAGACAGAUAAAAAAAUAAAGAAAAGAAAACAGAAGAAAAUCCUCUAAUCUCUCUCUAAACAAACAGCAAAACAGAGAUUUCACGAAACACGAAGCAUAUCUCAGUAGAUCAUAAAAAGAAUAUCCGAAAAAAAGGAGACCGAGCAAUUGCCUAGGGUUUUCAAAGCCCUCCGAUUACAUUUUCUCCUUUCCCUCGGUUUCCAUUCACAAUCUCCAUUUUCUCAGAUCCAUAUUUGCAGCUGUCGGAAUAGCCAGCUCGGAUUUUUCGCGGGGAACAUUAUUUCGCCGGAUUCGCCGCCGGUGAACAUUUUUCCCGGGAAAAAAAGAGAGUACCAGAAAUUGUCGCCCCUGGAUUUUGACCUGAAAAAUAUACAUAAAUCUCGCGAGAUUGUGGAAAGAGACGGGGAAAAAUACUCACACAUAACCCGAAGGAAAGGGACAUCGAAGGCCGGAGGUGUUUAGGAUUUUGUAAAUUUUCCGAAUUGUAUCCAGGAUUUGUCAAAUUUCCCUCACAAUUUGUAAGAAAUUGGUUAUUGCUUGGCGUCGCAAUCCGUGCACGGCUUGAAGCUCUGGUGGAUGUGUUGUAUUAGUGUUGUCCAUGGCUUCCGACAGCUCACCUUCUUCCCCGAGCCACCUCAAAUGCUGCGACUGCGGAUGCAUCUGCUCCAUUAUGGACCGUUCCCUCUCGGGCACAUACCUUCGGACGGUCAAACGUAAAUAUGAAGAAUUUGAAGGUGAGAAGCCCUUCACAAUCCCGGGACUUGUCGGGCCCCAAAAUGCCCGUGUAGAAAUCGAGAACGAGUGCCAGGCCUUACGUGAAACAGUCGCCAGCCAGCAGCAGACGAUUCAGGAACUUAUUGUCGAGCUCGAGGAGGAAAGAAAUGCCUCGUCAUCGGCCACAAGCGAAGCCAUGUCCAUGAUCCUGAGGCUGCAGAGAGAAAAGGCCGAGGUUCAGAUGGAGGCCAGGCAGUUCAAGAGGUUUGCUGAGGAGAAAAUGGCGCACGACCAGCAAGAAACCUUAGCCUUGGAGGAUUUGCUGUACAAAAGGGAGCAGGCCUUUCAGUCCCUUACAUGUGAAGUGGAGGCGUAUAAACACAGGAUGAUGAGCUAUGGGCUCACGGAGGACGAGGCAGACGAAUGGCUCGACGGUGACAGGACGCACAGGAACACGGGCAUGAUUGAGAAUCUCGAAAGCCCUUACGAGAUUUACCCUUCUCUCAAGGUCAACAUCAAUGGAUCCCAGGCUUACAUGACUGGUGAUGACGAGGAUGCUGCCGAUAAUGUCGCAUCAGGUGAAACUCCAAGCUCCCGCCACCAGCUGAAGGAUUUGGAGUUCCGGAUUAAUCAGCUGGAGAAAAACAGUCCCAGGACCAUUCAGCCUGACCGUGAGUCAAGGAAUGUGCUCGAGAAUGUGGUUGGUAGGCAUUUCAGGAAGUUCUCUACAGACAGCUCCGGCUCACCAUUUAGUGACAUGGGCCGGGAGCCCGACCCAAACUACUCACCAUUUAGUGAUUUGAGCUCUAAUCUGAAAAAGACGGAUAGCAAGUCCGAAACUGGGGAUGAGACGAAUGAUAGGGUCUACACAAUAGAUUCUAUUCAUCAGGGGGCCCAUGCAAAUGGUGUGGCCAAGAACAAGGCUUCUGUUGAGGUUGUUGGCGAUGAGUAUACAAUGACUCCCAAAGAUUCGGAUUUGGAGAUACAAAAACUUUACGCGAGGCUCCAUGCGCUCGAGGCAGAUCGGGAGUCUAUGAGGCAGGCGAUUAUUUCGAUCGGAACAGAUAAGGCGCAACUUGUGCUGCUGAAAGAGAUUGCUCAGAACCUCUGCAAGGAGAUGCCGCCGGCGAGGGCUGUGCCGCUGAGAAAGCAGGUGGCGGUGGGGAGUUUAUCGUUCCUGUCGAUAUUCAGGUGGAUCACCUCUUUUCUUUUGUGGAGAAGAAAAGCUCGGAGAUGCAAGUAUGUGUUUGGGUUAUCAACCAAUAAUACGGGCUUGCUAAUACUUCUAGACCGAGGUCCUUGUGUAGGGCAAUGGAGACGCAUAAAGAGUAUGAUGCCAAUACCAGGUGCUCCCCAUGUGAACUCUACAUCCGGUUAAGAGCUUCUUGGCUUAAAUCUGCUCUUAUUCGGAUUAUGCGCCACUCUUUUUUUUAUUUUUUUUUUUUAUUUAAUUUGGUAU